AUGAGACAAGCAUACGGAGCGGUGUGGGAGGGAGGUGUUAUAAUCGGUUCUACUAAUCUCCCACCCACUGGAAUCAGAACGCUCGGCAUUUACAAGGACGCAUCGAGGACGCGGCUAGCCCGCCGGGCCGGAUUCUACGCGCUCGAGCUCUUCUUUUUGCUGCAGCUCGGCACCAUCGUGUGGGAUUUGGCCACCGUGCUGGGCGACAUCGGGCUGUUCGGGGACGACAUGUGCAUCCUGGCGGGGUUGCUGCUAACGCUGGCGAAAAAGUGGCACAGCGUGCUGUACAUUGACGAGCUGAGCGAGUGCAUCGAGCAGAUGCAGACGUACCACGAGCACUACUUGCUGCAGGGCGAAUGGUUUGUGCGGCGCAUGAGACACCAGAACUUGCAAGAGCGGAUGUUGCAGGAUGCAUCCAAGUUGCUCGCCACGUUGCUCGCCAGCUGUCUGAUGGUGAACGCACUCUUUUCCAACGGCGAAACGCUUAUCCUGCGCGCCAUCUAUCCCUUCAGCACGGCCACCACGCUUGGCUACGGGUGUGUGUUCGUCUGUCAGGCCUUUCUGAUCGUCUACGUACUGUACAGCAUGGUGCUGAUCGAUUGUAUCGGCGCGCAAGCGCUCAGCCAGAUGGCGCUACUGUUCUGCAUGCAGCGCAAACAGUUCGAGCUGAUCGGGGCCGAUCUUCAGCUGCCCCCCGACGGCCCCCUCCACGGAGACCGGUCGAUACGGGACCAGCUGUACAGUGCGAUAGCUUCACACCAGCAGUUGCUGUCCCCGGAGCGCCCUCUACUCUUCACUGGCAGCUUUUGCAAUCGCUUAAAACGCCUGUACGAACCAAACAUUAUGGCCCAGUUUGUGUGCAGCAUGCUCAUCAUCUGUCUGACUGCGUUCGAGCUGAUGUUUGCCAAGGGCGACCCGAUGCAGAUGGUGCGCUUCGGUGCGUACAUGCUGGCCGGCUUCUAUCAGGUCUUUGUGUGGAGCUUCUUCGGCAACCGUGUCACCAAUAUGUCAACAGGCAUCAGCGAUGCAACGAUCAGCUGCAACUGGAUCGUGCUGGCGGACGGGCUGAAGAAGGACCUUCGCUUCACGACCAUGCGCUCCCAGAAGCCGUUCGUCAUCGACGUGUACUGGCUGUUUCCGCUGACGUAUGAAACGUUCAUCGCGGUUCGUGUUUCCCGAGGGCUUACGCGAAAGCAAAAUAGUUUUUGUGAAGUUUUUCUUUUUUGUUCGUUUCUUUCUCCAAUUCUCCUACAUACUAUUUCACACUUGCAGAUACUUAGCCGGUCCUAUUCGAUAUUUACGCUGCUUCGUACGAUGAUUGAGUGAACCGGCACGGACGGCAAAGGCAGCAAAGCUGUGUGGGGAGCAAAGAUUGUUAUUUUUGCCCCCGGGGUCGUGUUUGUUUGUGGAACGACAACAAUAACAACCGACAAGGAGAAAUUUAAACCACAUCGGCGCGUGUAUUGCGUGCUAUUGUAGUAUGCCUUUGCUAUGCUUCAUGCCCGCACGUUGAAACCGAUCAUCGAGUAUGAGUUGCGUUGAAAAGUAAUGGAACGGAGCAGAAUCCUUAGUUAUUAUUUCUUGCGAAAAAUGUGUUGAUGCUGUUUUGCUGGAGAGAAAUACGAAUAGCGUACUUGUGUAGGUUUAGAAAUAGAGGGGUUUUCCCCAAGAACACACAAAUAUUGAACAGUAAACGGUUCAGUUUUUCGUCUUUGUUAGAUAUCAGUUUUGUUUCAGUUUGAUAUGUAUUCCAUUCAUUUGAUUAUUCGUCUCCCGUUUCAAAUAAAGACUACCGAAUGGGAAUUAGAUUUAAAUUGAAUUUAAAACUCAACCCACGAAGCUCUAAACGUCGACAAAGUGUCAAACAAAAACCGACCAUAAAUACACCUUCGCGAUAGCUUCAAUCACCAUACCUCCUUGUGUGACUCGUGUGCAUAUACACCCAGCUAGGAACACACUGCACACUGCCACUCCUGUUGUUGCUGCUACCUGAGCGUUGUGCA